GCUUUCAUAUAAUGGCGAGAUCUUUCCCUUCCCGCCUAAACUUGGAUCUCGGCAAUAAGCUAAAGAGAUUGGUCUCGGAACAACUCCACGACGAAGCAUUGAGACUCUACAAGCAAAAGAUUCAUCCUUUAGGCACUGAUGGCUUCACAGCUAUUCUUCCUUCCGUCAUCAAAGCUUGCUCUUUUCAGCAAGAGCCUUUCUUAAUCAACGAACAGCUUCAUUGCCUUUGUCUCAAGUCAGGCGCUGAUCGUGACACCGUUGUCUCCAAUUCCCUCGUCUCUAUGUACGUUAAAUUAUCUAACACAUUCUCUGCUCGCAACGUGUUCGAUGAAAUGCUUGAAAGAGAUACCGUUAGCUAUUGCUCUAUUGUUAAUUGUUAUUGCCAGGAUGGGUUGUUGUGUGAAGCGGUGAAGUUGGUAAAUGAGAUGUAUUUUGAUGGAUUUGUUCCGAAGUCUGAGCUAGUUGCGUCUCUAUUAGCUCUCUGCACUCGUGUGGGAAGGAGUAGUAAGGUAGCGAGAAUGCUUCAUGCUCUUUUUCUUGUUAAUGAGAGGAUGCAGGGGUCUGUUCUCUUGUCAACGGCGUUGGUUGAUAUGUACUUGAAGUUUGAUGAUCCUGCAAGGGCUUUUCAUGUGUUUGAUCAAAUGGAGGUGAAGAAUGAGGUUUCAUGGACCGCUAUGAUCUCUGGUUGCGUUGCGAAUUGUAACUACGAGAUGGGCGUUGGUUUGUUUCUAGCAAUGCAGAGAGAAAACUUGAGGCCUAAUCGUGUAACGCUGAUGUCUAUUCUACCUGCGUGUGGAGCAUUGGGUUCUGGAUUAAGGCUGGUUAAGGAGAUUCAUGGAUUUUCGUUUCGUAGCGGAUUUGGUUCUGAUGAUCGGUUAACAUCUGCUCUUGUGACCAUGUACUGCAGAUGUGGUAAUGUACGUCUCGCUAGGUUAGUAUUCGAAGAAUCAAAAGUUAGAGAUGUUGUAAUGUGGAGUUCAAUGAUUGGUGGCUAUGCAGAAGGUGGAGACUGCUCUAAAGCUAUGAAUCUGUUAAGUCAAAUGAGAGAAGAAGGAACUGAACCCAACUCGGUUACUCUGUUGGCCGUUGUCUCAGCUUGCAAACAUUCAGCAUCAUUGAGUUUUUCAUCUAGAAUCCAUUCUUACAUCCUGAAACGUGGCUUCAUCUCGAGUAUCUUAUUGGGAAACGCCCUCAUAGAUAUGUAUGCGAAGUGUGGGAGUCUUCUUGCUGCGCGUAAAGUGUUUUAUCAACUUAAUGAGAAAGAUGUUGUGUCAUGGAGCUCAAUGAUAAAUGCAUACGGUCUUCAUGGGUAUGGUUCAGAAGCUUUAGAGAUCUUUCAAGAGAUGAUUAAGAGUGGAGAGAAACCAGAUGCAAUGGCUUUUCUUGCAGUUUUAUCGGCUUGUAACCAUGCUGGUCUGGUAGAAGAAGCUCAAACGAUAUUCACGGAAGCUGAAAAGAUUAACCGAAUGACACUCACAGUGGAGCACUAUGCUUGCUAUAUCAAUCUUCUUGGCAGGUCUGGGAAGAUCGACGAUGCUGUUCAGGCUGUUAAAAAUAUGCCCAUGAAACCAAGCGCAAGAAUAUGGAAUUCUCUGCUAUCUGCUUGCGAGAUUCAUGACAGGCGUGAUGUUGCACAUGAGAUCAUUGCAAGUGAGUUAAUGAUAUCUGAGCCUGACAAUCCAGCAAAUUACGUGUUGCUCAGCAAGAUUCACGCAGAAUCUGGUAAUUGCUAUGGUGCAGAAGAAGUGAGGAGAGUUAUGCAGAGGCGAGGACUGAAGAAAAGCUACGGAUUCAGUAAAGUUGAAUCCUGAAUUACAGACUGUAGAUAACCAAGGAAAAUCUCGGCGUUCUAUAUGAAGAUUUUGUCUGAGCACUGUUCUCUCUCUGGAGUUCAAAAG